CAACAAACAACAACAAAGGAAAUAUAUCAGAGGAAAUCACCUUUUUGAACGUGAAUAUAUCUACUAUCUAUCGGAAAAUACGAGAAAAUAUCAAUUAAUACUAUGAGUGGUUUUGUAGUUGAUAUACCUAGAACAAAAAGUGUUCAGAUGUAGAAUGUAGAUUACCAUUCGUCAUUGCAGGUAGAUAUUUUCUCCAACAGAACUCUUCUAACAUGACAACUACUAAGGGCUUCAAAGUAACAGAUGCCGAUCGGAAGACACGCGUCGGCAUCGCUGUCAAAAAUUUCGACGAACUCAAAAAGAAAACCAUCGAUAAGUUCAAGUUGAAAUUUUUGCCUGGGCAAAUUGACUUCCAAACUACUGAUGGGACAAUCAUCGAAAAUGAAGAAUAUUUUCAAACUUUGCCGCCCCAGACUCUCCUGAUUUGGGUGAAAGUGGGAGAAAAAGCCCCUACCGAUGCCGAGAUCCUCUACAAGACCAUCAGAGAGGUGAACGACGAGUACCUCACUGCGGGCGAGAAGGUCCAGCAGUUCUUCACCGAAAAAAUGAAGAACAAAGUGUUCAAGUUGGCGGAGGUGCUCAAAGGGCUCGACAAGGACUCGGCGAAAUUCAGUAGCCGGUCCGAGCAUCCCGAAUGGUUUGAAGGCCUAAACACCAAUUCCAAAACCAAAGAGGAAUAUAUGUUCCGAAGGGCGCAGGACCGUAUCAGAACGUAUUUCUACAAAACCAAAGACGAGCUGAACAAAAAGGACGUGCCUCGCAACGCCCUUCGCGAACUAAUCACUGAAUUGGACUCAAAGUUGAAACUAAAUAAAUAUCUCGGAUAUUAUUUCAACAGGGCGAACGCAGGAGACGAGAACAUGAAAAGCAUAUGCGACCAGAAUGGCAACUUUCAAUGCCAAGGCAGGUGGGACAAGGAGCAGUGUCUGUACCAUCCAUCUCACUCUAUCAAUCCGUAUGCCAGCAGGGAAGCGCGCAUCGUCUUUCAGACUUGGAAUCUCGAUCACAACAAGGAGAGAUCGAGGAGCAUCAUCCCGGCUGUUUGCGCAGCUCUGCAUUCUGUUGGUCGUCUUUCUGGAAAUGAUAAGGUUAGGAAACUUCUAGACCACGUGGGCGACGUUCACGCGGACAAGUGCUUGGACGUCAAGAGCAUCUUCAACGACCUUUUCACGGUGAACAAUUUAAAAUUCGUACAUAUCGUGUGCCAUGACAAGGGAGCCCACGUCCACGCUAAGGCCGGUCCUUAUUUGUUGUAGCGUUAUCGGAGAUAUCGGAAAAUUAAUUUUUCUACGGCUAUAACACAAAAUUGCUCUUGUUUUACUGUGCUCGAUACAUCAAUGAGGUUCUUUGUUUGACAUAAAUUUUAUUUCCGUAUCUGAUAUCACAAUGACG